AUGACGUCAACCAUGAAUGAAUCCACCGAUUCUUCAGAGCCACUUCCAUCGAUUCACUCACCACCUAUCCCCGCUAUAACACCUAUCCCCGCGACGAUGGAUCUGAUCACCAAUAGCUGCCUUGAUGUACCGGACGCUGCCAAGUAUAUUGGCUCGACAACAAGCGGUAUUACAAGGAUCAUAAAUCGGGUCAAAGCUUCCACAAUCAAAGACACGAAAUAUGUGAAAUUCACGAAUGUAUCACCGGAAGUCGCCAGAGGGACAGAUAUCAAGGCCACCCGAAACUUCUACGAUUUGCAGACACGUUGCAUGAUUAUUACUGUUCCUGGGCUGCCACAUGAGCAAGCAAUAGGAGAAUUGAAUACGAUCAUGGCAAUCCAAUCGACAAUCUCCAACUUAUCUAUCAGGAAUAUUGCAACUGGUCGUAGAACCGGACAGUCCAGUUCCAAAGAACCCGACUCACAAUGGACACCGCGUAAUGGCAGACGUGCUUGGCCGACGGUGGUUUUAGAAGCAGGAUACUCCGAAUCCCAGCAGAAACUGCAAUGUGACGCAGCAUGGUGGAUAGCCAAUUCACGGGGAGCAGUUAAAUUGGUUAUUACUAUGGCAAUCGACAAAAGACAGCCACAGAUCAUAAUUAAGUGUAUUGUACGGGACAAUAACAACCUACCGGGUCGCAAUCUUCGUUCCCGUUACUAUACAACAACUCGACAACAACUUACCAUCACACGGCAUCGAAAUACAGUUACAACACAGCCUGCAGCACCACUCCGAAUAACUGUCCCGGAGAUAAUGGGACGCCCUCCGCUACAAGGGGAAACUGAUAUCCUCGUCCCGGUGCCUCGCUUAGAGGAAUUAGCUGCUUUCGUCUGGCUGGAGCAAGAAAUUUGA